UUUACUAUUUUGUGCAAAAGUAUGCCUCGUUGCUUGAUAAAGUCGAUGAGAAGAUACAGGAAGAUGAACAAUUCCACCGAAGAGACCGAAAUACCAUGGACCCCACCGACAUCGAUCGAUGCCAAACGAAAGCACCAGACUAAAGACAAUUCAGCGAAAUGUAAUAACAUUUGGACCUCCUCGAAGCUUCCAAUUGUAACACGUUACAGCUUCAACAAAGAAAACAAUAUGAUAUGGAAUAAGCAAUUGUCCAGUAGCACAGAGUUAAAUACCACGAAUCUUUCGGAAAUCGGGAACUCGUUACAAUCAACCGCAGCUAAUAUUUCUGUUAAGACCAAUCAAAGUAUCGUCAAUACAAACUACGAGCAGAAACUGGAAACGGUGCAAAUAUCGUUGUCCUCGAAUGCCAAUAACGUAGAGUGUCCGAUAAACGGGUCCGAAAAUAAAAUCAAUGUAACAGUGAAUUUGAACAAACCGUACGAGGACGGAGUUGAAGGCAAAACGGAGUCCAGUACGUUGUACUUGACACCGAACAAGAAACCGAUCGAUUCUUCGCAGAAUCAGUACUACGGGAAUAAUAUAAAAACAACCGGAGUUGAGACUACUCAGAACUGGAAACGAAACAAAACCAUGCACUAUUGUCCUUUCUGUCGGAAAAGUUUCGAUCGUCCGUGGGUGUUGAAGGGUCAUCUGCGGCUUCAUACUGGCGAACGACCUUUCGAGUGUCCAGUAUGUCAUAAGUCUUUCGCCGAUCGUUCGAAUCUACGUGCACAUCAAAGGACACGAAAUCAUCAUCAAUGGCAAUGGCGAUGUGGAGAAUGUUUCAAAGCAUUCUCCCAAAGACGAUAUCUAGAACGGCAUUGUCCCGAAGCGUGUAGGAAAUAUAGAAUAUCUCAGAGACGAGAACAAAGUUGUACUUAG